CGGUGUGUCCGGUACCCGGUGUGUCCGGUACCGCUCUCCCCGUUGCCCGUCCCCGCGCGCGCCGGCCCCGCUUCCUGCUUUCUAAUGUUCCAUUGUGCGGAGCUUCCAUUGUGACGUCUCGGCCUCGGCUCGGCUUUGUCUGUCCAUAUAUGGGCAGCUACGUCACGGAGCGCUCCCGCCGCCCGGAUAAAUGGGCUGCGGAGUCCCCGGCGGAGCAUUCGGGCGGCAGCGGAGGGAACCUGCGAACGGAGCCGAGGGAGGGAGGGAGGGAGGGAACGGGGGGGGGAGAGGAGAGGAGAGGAGGGGUUAAAUCCUCCCACCCGCUUCUACAACCAACAUCUGCCAGCCAGACCCCCCCCGUCGAGGAAACACCACCAGGGACCCACGGAGCACCGCACACCACCCCCCCCCCCGCACCCCCUCCUCCUCCGCCCCCCCACCCCCUCCACUCCCCCCCCCCCCCCCCCCAACUUUUUCUCUCGCAUGAUUCCCCUCGCACGGAUUUGCCACUCGGAUGUUGUUUCCUCGGGAGCUGAGCUCGGAGCCACGUUGAUCCAGCCUUUUCCUCCAGUGCUAUGACAGGCAAACUACUGGAGAAGCUGCCGGGGACCAUGAACACUUUGAUGAACCAAUUGCCUGACAAUCUGUACCCAGAGGAGAUCCCCAACUCUUUGAAUAUCUUCUCCAGCAGCAGCGACUCGGUGGCUCACUACAACCAGAUGGCUGCAGAUAAUGUUAUGGACAUUGGUUUAGCGAACGAAAAAGCCGGCCAGGAAUUGUCCUCUUAUUCGGGCACUUUUCAACCGGCCCCGGGCAACAAGACUGUCACCUACCUGGGGAAAUUCGCUUUCGACUCGCCCUCCAACUGGUGCCAGGACAACAUCAUCAGCCUGAUGAGCGCCGGCAUCCUGGGGGUGCCGCCGUCCUCGGGCGCGCUCACCAGCACGCAGAGCUCGGCGGGCAGCAUGGGGCCUCCGCAGGGCGAGGUGGACCAGAUGUACCCCGCGCUGCCGCCCUACUCCUCCUGCAGUGACCUCUACCCGGAGCCCGUCUCCUUCCACGACCCUCAAAGCAACCCCGGCCUCACCUACUCCCCCCAGGAUUACCAGGCGGCCAAACCCGCCUUGGACAGCAACCUCUUCCCCAUGAUCCCAGACUAUAACCUCUACCACCACCCCAACGACAUGGGCACCAUCACGGAGCACAAACCCUUCCAGAGCUUGGACCCCAUCCGCGUCAACCCGCCCCCCAUCACCCCGCUGGAGACCAUCAAGGCCUUCAAGGACAAGCAGAUCCACCCGGGUUUCGGGGGGCUACCGCAGCCACCCCUCACCCUCAAGCCCAUCCGACCCCGCAAGUAUCCCAACCGGCCCAGCAAGACGCCGCUCCACGAGCGGCCCCACGCCUGCCCCGCCGAGGGUUGCGACCGCCGCUUCUCCCGCUCCGACGAGCUCACCCGGCACCUCCGCAUCCACACGGGCCACAAACCCUUCCAGUGCCGCAUCUGCAUGCGGAGCUUCAGCCGCAGCGACCACCUCACCACCCACAUCCGCACCCACACCGGCGAGAAGCCCUUCGCCUGCGAGUUCUGCGGGCGCAAGUUCGCCCGCUCCGACGAGCGCAAGCGGCACGCCAAGAUCCACCUCAAGCAGAAGGAGAAGAAGACCGACAAGGGCUCGGGCGGGCAGCCCCCCGCCGUGCCCCCCGCCACCGCUGCCGCCACCUCCUCGCCCCCCGUCGCCCUCGCUCCCGCUGUCACCACGUGCGCUUGAAGGGACCGUGGGGAGCAGUUUGGUGGCACCCCCUCUUCUCUCCGCAGCGGCCUCGUCGCCCAGGUUUAGGGUGCCGGGGGGUUGUGCUGUGCGGCUCCACGCCACCCGCACCCGGAUUGACCGGGUCCAGGCUGCCCGCACCCGGAUCCUGCCUGCACUUGGAUCGACAGGACCCUGCACUGCCUAGAUCCCGGAAUGUCCGCACCCGGAUCCCUGCUGCCCGCACCCCGGUGCUCAGAUCCCGCACUGCCCGCACCCGGAUUACCCACACCCGGAUUGCCCAGACCCAGCUCUCCCAGAUCCCGCAUCUCCCGGGUCCAGUCCAUCUGGAUCCUGCACCUCCUGGAUCCUGCAUCUCCUGUGUCCAGUCCAUCUGGAUCCCGCACCUCCCGGAUCCCACACCUCCCAGGUCCAGUCCAUCUGGAUCCCUCACCUCCCGGAUCCCACACCUCCCGGGUCCAGCCUGCCUGGAUCCCGCACAUCCCGGGUCCAGCCUGCCUGGAUCCUGCACCUCCCGGGUCCAGCCUGCCUGGAUCCCGCACCUCCCUGGUCCAGUCCAUCUGGAUCCCGCACCUCCCGGAUCCCGCAUGUCCCGGGUCCAGCCCACCCACCCUUCGCUCGGCCCUGGUCCGGGCUGCCCGGCUUCCAUAUCCCGAGGGAUCCCGGCUGACCUGGAUCCCCGGUUGCCGCAUCCCCGGGGCCGGGCUGGGCAGGAUCGGGCCCUCCUUGGACCCGAGCCGCAGCUCCCGCGGCCGGGCGGGGAUGGAUGGACGGAGCCCCCCCGGCUCCCCUCUGCCCCCCGGCCCUCUCCCCGGUCCCCCUCUCCCUGUUCCCAAGCACCGGCUCCCAUCGGAGGUAAGCGGGGCUGGCGGGGCGGGGGGGGGCUGCGGGUCCCCCGGCGGGGAGCAACGUCCCGGCAGCAGCUUUUGGGUUUGUUGGUUUAUUAUUUCCCCUCCCCCUUUUCAUUUUGUAUUAUUAUUAUUAUUAUUAUUAUUUCUUUUUCAUCAGAAGGGAAAUUCUGUCCAGAAACGCCUCAAAAUAACCCCAAAACCCACCCCAGGAUUUUACCGCCUACUUUUGAUAAUGUGAGCUCUGGAAACGUUGCUUUUAUUUGGUCACUUUAAAGCCAACCGAGUCCGGAGGAGGCAAAAUAAUCAAUUAGUCCUCUUAUUUCCCAUUUUUCUUUUCCUUUCUCCUUCUGGUAUGUGCAUGUCAUUGCAUGACUGCUCUGAUUUUUUUCUUCUUUUGUUUUAAUCAAUCUGUGCUCAGACAUUUAAGCUAAAAGAAGCAAAAAUAAGGAUUCAUUAAGAAUUAAGAAUAAUGACUUUGAAAAAAAGCUAUAAAAAAUACUACUCUUUGUUGCCAAAAGGUCGUGCUAUCCAGGUUUGAUGUCUGCAUGUGAAAAAUAAACCACACACACACACACACACACACACACGCCACAUUCUAGAGGUAUAGGAAAUAAAGCGAAGGGAGAGAACGCAGCCGUGAACGGAGAGGAACUACAUUAUAAAACCACACCGACCACAAUCAGGUUUCGCCACACAAACCUAAAGGGAAUGAUAUUUUUUGAGAGACUUUUGUAUAAAGUUGAGUACUCAGAGAAAAAAAAAAAAAACCACAAAAAAACCCACAUAAAAAAAAAAAGGAGGAAAAAAAGACAAAAAAAAAUCACACCAGAUGUAAUAUAUUUUGUGGAUGUUUUUAUUUCUUGGAUUUAUAGUACCUUAUACUAAGGUUCAAAGGCAAAAAAAUGAUGCUUGAUAUCGUGAAAAGGUGAUAAUUUUCACACACAUUUCAUUUGCUCCUUUGUCAUGUCGUCACGCGAAGAUGCUCGUCGAUGCACACAGCGUUUUUAAGGGAAACAAAAUCCGACUCCGACCCUGGAACUGAUGUAUUGUUGUACCAUUUGCACUGUGAGCAAAUGCUAAUGCAGUAAAUAUAUUGUGUUUGCUGACAAUCAAAA